CACUCCACACACACAAACCCAUUUCAAACAUUGAUAUAAAGCGGCCAGACGAUCGAGAACGGUGAAGAACCUGCACAGGAAACCGUCGACACGACAACAUAUUCCCCACCCACCGUGAUCUGCUACUUCAUACACUAUGCCAAACCCAAUUUGUCAAGCCCGCCUUGCGCAGGAAAGGAAGCAGUGGCGGAAAGACCACCCAUUUGGAUUUUGGGCUCGGCCGGAGAAGAAUGCGGAUAGUACGCUGAAUCUGAACAAGUGGGCUGUUGGGAUACCAGCCACCACUCUCCACCACCGUAUGUGUUCUCACGUUUCCUUCCCUCUCUCAAUCUUCACAGGCAAAGCCGGCACACCCUGGGAAGGCGGCAUCUACACACUCACGAUGACCUUCCCCGACGACUACCCCCAAAAGCCGCCGAAGCUCCAAUUCCCCGCCAAGUUCUUCCACCCAAACAUUUACCCAUCCGGCACGGUCUGUCUCUCGAUCCUCGACGAGGAAAAAGACUGGAAGCCGUCCAUCACGAUCAAGCAGAUCUUGCUGGGGAUCCAGGAUCUGUUGGAUGAUCCGAAUCUGGAUAGCCCGGCGCAGCAGGAUGCGUAUGUGAUGUUGAAGAGGGAUAAACCGAAUUAUUUGAGGAGGGUUAAGCAGCAGGCGAAGGAGUUUGCGCCGAAGGAGUAGGGUUGUUAUUGGUUGUGGUGGAGGGUGGUGGAUGAGGGGAUGGGGAGAGUUGCGACACGGAACGGGCGAGAAUGCCGAUGGUCUA